CCAUCCUAGGGAGGAUCAUACAGACUGCUCCUCCUGCCGUAGCCCUUAAACAAAUGCAACAACAGUAACAACAUGGCUAGAGUACUUAUUAGAUCAAGUUUUGCAAGAUUUACUCCUGCAUCAUUAUCCUUCCGGCCCAAGACAACUUAUAUUGUGCUGGUGCCAGAGAAUCCUAUCGAUACCCCAGAGGACAACGCGUUGCUCCGUACUAAUGUUCUGCCACAGUUUGAUCAACUCACCCCAGAGAAAUGUUGGACUGGGAUUGGCAAGCUGGCACUAGAAUACGAAUCCGGAGUUUGGGCAAUGGAAGAGAAAGCCCAUGACCCUAAGAAACCAAAAACCUUUGAUAAUAUUAUUGGAGAGUUGGACAAGUUAGAGUCUCCUUUGAAUACUGCAUGGAGUAAUGUGAAAACACUGUACACUGUUAAAAAUCAUGAAAUGAAUACAGAUGCAUAUCUUAAGAUUCAUGAACGAGCUCGGAAAGCCAGAGUACACAAGUUUCAGAGCCUUCCAAUCUAUGAAGCUUGUAAGGAAAUAUAUGUCAAAGAUACAAGUUUAAAUGAUGCUCAGAGGCGAGUCAUACGUAAAUUCCUCCUUGAAGCUCGGCUUAAUGGAAUUGAACUUUUGGAAGAGAAAGCUACCAUUUUUACAAAUGUACUUAAAAAGUUGGAGUCUCUGAAAGCUGAAUUCAGGAAAAAAGUAGUUGAAUCUUCCAGCAGAUUUUCAUAUAACAUACAAGAUUCAAAUAUUGUCAAAGAUUUUCCUGAUGCUUUGUUGAAAAAUAUGGCACGGGAUCCGUCUCAGUAUAAACAAGGUCCAUGGGUCAUUACUCUUCAGCCAUAUGUUUAUGGCAGCUUUUUAGAGCAUUGCCCUGAUGCUGAAUUGCGUCGUAACACAUACCGAGCCUAUAACAUGAGAGCAUCAAACCAUGUUAGUCAAGAUAUUAAUAAUAGUGUCCAUAUUGAAGAAAUUAGGACCUUAAGGGGAGAGCAGGCAUGUCUUCUUGGGUAUGAAAACUUUGCACAAAUGUCUAUGGAAACCAAAAUGGCUGGAAGUGUGGAUAAUGUUAUUUCCAUGAUAGAAAGUCUUUCAGCAAAAGCAAAGAAUGCUCAGAAAAAAGAAAUUGAUUCACUGCAAGAAUUUGCUGAAAGUAGAGGCUUUGACUCUAAGCUGGAGGCCUGGGAUGUUGACUACUGGAGGAGAAAACAGAAAUGUCAUUUGUACAAGUUUGAUAAUUUGCAUCUUGAAGAGUAUUUCCCCUUUGAUCAUGUUUUUGCCAGCCUUUUGGAAAUGUGCUCAAAACUGUUUGGAAUUGCCUUUGAAGAGAUACCAAGUGACAGAGUUCCCACAUGGCACCCUGAUGUUCGGUUUUUCAGUAUCUCGGACAAUACAGGGAAGUACCUCUCAUCAUUUUAUUUGGAUCCUUUCCAAAGACCUGGAGAAAAACUCCAAACUCACCUAGAUUCUGCCUGGUGUCUGGGUUGCCGCAACCGAUCAGAUGUUGCUGGAACUUUGCCUGUAGUUAAUUUGGUGUUCAAUUUUACUCCUCCUGUUUCAAAAGAACACCAGUCUCUACUGACUUUCUCUGAGGUCAUCAUUCUCUUUCAGAAAUUUGGCACUGCCCUUCAGCAUCUUCUGACAACAAUUCCCUACAGUGAAGCUUCUGGAUUGACUAACAUUGAAUGGGAUGCAGUGGAAGUGUGUUCAUAUUUUAUGCAGAACUGGUUAUGUGAACCUAAUACACUGCAGCAAAUUAGUUGCCAUUAUGACUCUGGUCUCCCAUUGAGUGAAUCGGCUAUUCAAGACCUUAUUGCCAGCCAGAACCACAUGGCUGGAUAUGAUCUCUGCUCUGAACUAUAUCUUGCUCAUCUUGAUAUGCAGCUUCACUCAAGCAAGGACUUCUGGCUGGACAUUAUUCAAGACUUGUGGUCAACCUACCGACCAUUUGCAUUGGACAAGUAUGAUGUACAUUUAUGCUCUAACACAACUAUCAUGACGGAUGUUUGGGCUGCUGCAUAUUAUUCUCACCUCUGGUCACGCAUGAUAGGAGCUGAUGCCUUUCAGGCUUUCACAGAGGAUGCUGAAAAUGUCUCUGAAAUGGGUGCUCGGUUCCGUUCCACAUUCCUAUCAUUGGGAGGAGGCUGUCAUCCCAGCAAAGUUUUCCGCAGCUUCAGAGGUCGGGACCCAUCUCCAGAUGCCCUUCAUGUUUUAUGUGGACUUUCUUAAAAAAAGAAAGAGCAACAGAGCAGCUGAUAGAAACUGCACAGAAACUCUCAACCAAAUUAUUUAGGAACUUCUAGCUGUAUAUCACAGGAAUUACUUUAAACCCUUAAACUGUUCAAAUGUAGAUCUACGUUCACGUGCGUAGCGCUCAAACCUUUAUUUUCUCCAUUUGAAAGCAUGUAAAAAAAAGUAGAUUUAUGUUCGGAACGCUAUGCAUGUGAACGUAGAUCUACGUUUGGACAGUUUAAGGAUUAAUAAUUAAAAUUUUCAAGGAUUUUAGUUUUUUCAGUGUACUGUAUUACUGAGUACCGUGCUAAAAUAGUAAGAAAAAUCUGUUAAAAAGCAUGCUCUAAAAAUUAAUGUUAACUUUUUGUUAUCUUGUUAAGAAUUGUGAGUGUAAUAAAUUUUUUUAAGAAUAAAA